AUGAUUAUUCCGGUUAGGUGCUUUUCUUGUGGCAAGGUCGUUGGGGAUUUGUGGGAACGCUACUUGCAGCUUCUCGAUGAAGGAAUCCCAGACGGUGAUGCUAUGGACCAGCUUGGCUGUAGAAGAUAUUGUUGCCGGCGGAUGAUUAUGACCCAUGUGGAUCUGAUAGAAAAACUUCUUCGUUAUAACCCCACCGAGAGAGAUCGGGCGAAAUCUCAAGUAUGA